AUGGAACAGCUGGGACCUCAAGGAUUUGUUCUAUGCAUUCGCGUAGAGGAGAACGCGUUCGCGAAGGGUCUGGCAGCUUCCAAGAUUCUGAAAGGACUUGGUCUUAUGUUACCUUUCUCUAAGGAUGAUCUCACUGAAAUGGUGGAUUCUCCUCAGGCUAAAAACCUGUUAGUUUCAGACAUUUUUCAUAAGUCCUUUAUUGAGGUUAAUGAAGACGGAACAGAAGCUGCAGCUGUUACUGCCUCGACGAUAUUUUUGUGUGCUUCGCCAAUAAAUGAAUACAAAAUUGACUUUGUUGCUGAUCAUCCGUUUUUGUUCUUUAUACGAGAGGAUACAACUGCAACUGUAUUGUUCAUAGGGAUUGUGCUUAAUCCUCUUGUUAAUUAA